CACACGCCCACGACGUCGCAUUGGAUUGUUUUGAAUUUUAACGGUUUACGGCCAUCGCACAACUCGCUAUUCAUACUGGAGCGCUGUGCCUAUAUCUGUUUACUGAGGGCGUUUACAGUGUAUUGUGUACAAGAACCACUUUAACAUUAACAACCAAGUACCGAUCACGAACAACUGACAAAUUACAUUUAACGCAGUCCGACACUGCCACACUGGUUUGCCGUGACCUAUUGUGCUGACUGCUGUUGUAGGUACUCUGGUUUGUUUCUUGUCGCGUCCGUUUACGAAUCUCGGUGAUUCCGAUUAAUUUUUAUUCUUUUCAACGCGAGUGUUUUUCGAAGAAGGUUUUUGCGAAAUCAACUGAUACAUAUUUUUGUCGUCAUGAUGCGCCGGCGGUUGAGUUUCAUCGGCAGUGGCGAGUGUUGUGAACCGGGCGCGCUCACCGAGUGCAUCGUCGAGUCCGACAUCCAGAGGCAAAUACGCGACAGGUUCGACGAAGAGUGCCCGUACUCGUUGACUAGGAAGUCGGUACGGAACAGCCCUCGGUCGCGGAACUGCAAUUCGCAAGUAUGGCAGGUGGCCGUCAAUACAGUGACCAAAAAGCGCGACACGUUAAGGCGUAGCGUCAGCUCGGUCUUCAGGUCGAUGAACAAACUCAGAACCGGAUUCAAAGUGGCCGCACAGAAAUUACGACCGUCAACUAGACGUCGUUUCAAAUUGGAUGAGUCACCGCUGACUCCCAACACACCUAGAACACGGUCCAAAUGUUUGUUGGGCAGAACACCUACUAAGAUGUAUAGUCCUUUUGCCAUUGAUACGCCACCAUCGUUGCGUAGGCGAUUUGCUUAUAGAAGAAAUAAAAAUAUUGAAACGGAAAGUAAUAAAUCAUUGAAUGGAAAAAGUGAAUCAAACAGUUAUGAAACAACAAAUAAUGAAAAUAAGCAACCAAAAAUUAAUUCAAAUAAAAAAGAUGAAAAUUAUGGAAGCUUAAUUUAAGUAUACAUUUCUGAAGAAUGCUGCACACUAUUGUAUUUUUUGCUGAAAACUUAUUAAAAGUAUACUAAUUGUAUAUUUGCCAUGUUGUUUUUGCAUAACACAUUUUACGUAUUAUUUUUGUACUAUAUAUUUU